GCCUGAGGAGGAAGCUAGAAAUCAGGAACUGCCGGUGCAGGAAUUGAGUCGGGUUCCCCAGGAGCUGCUGCUCUCGAAAGGACACCACUAUGGGCUUCUCUUCAGAGCUUUGUAGCCCCCGGGGCCACGGGGCAGUGCAGCAGAUGCAGGAGGCUGAGCUUCGCUUACUGGAGGGCAUGAGGAAGUGGAUGACCCAGAGGGUCAAGAGUGACCGGGAAUAUGCAGGUUUACUUCACCACAUGCUGCAAGACAGUGGAGGCCAGAGCUGGAGCAGUGGCCCUGACAGCCAUGUCAGCCAGUCCUGGGCUGAGAUAACCAGCCAGACUGAGAUGCUGAGCCGAGUGCUGCGGCAACAUGCAGAAGAUCUGAACUCAGGGCCUCUGAGCAAGCUGAGUAUACUGAUCCGAGAGCGGCAGCACCUGCGAAAGACUUACAAUGAGCAGUGGCAGCAGCUGCAGCAGGACCUUACCAAGAUCCACAGCCAGGACAUUGAAAAGCUGAAGAACCAGUACCGGUCCCUGGUACGGGACAGUGCCCAGGCGAGGCGCAAGUACCAGGAGGCCAGCAAAGACAAGGACCGAGACAAAGCCAAGGACAAGUACGUGCGCAGCCUGUGGAAGCUCUUUGCCCACCACAACCGCUAUGUACUGGGUGUGAGGGCUGCGCAGCUACACCACCAGCACUACCACCAACUCAUGCUGCCCGGCCUGCUGCAGUCACUGCAGGACUUGCACGAGGAGAUGGUGCUCAUCCUGAAGGAUAUCCUGCAGGAGUACUUGGAGAUCAGCAGUCUGGUGCAGGACGAUGUGGUGGUCAUUCACCAGGAGUUGGCGGCAGCUGCUGCCCGUAUCCAGCCCGAGCUGGAGUACCUAGGCUUUCUGAGACAGCAUGGAUCUGCCCCUGAUGUCCCACCUUGCAUCACCUUUGACGAGUCACUUCUUGAAGAGGGUGAACAGCUAGAACCUGGGGAACUGCAGCUAAACGAGCUGACUUUGGAGAGUGUGCAACACACGCUGACCUCUGUGACAGAUGAGCUGGCUGUGGCCACCAAGGUGGUGCUAAGUCGGCGGGAGGUGGUUAGUGAGCUGCAACGUGAGCUCCAGCAUGAGGAGCAGAACACACACCCCCGGGACCGGAUACAGCUUCUAAGCAAGAAGCAGAUGCUGCAAGAGGCCAUACAGGGGCUUCAGGUAGCACUGUGCAGUCAGGACAAACUACAGGCCCAGCAGGAACUGCUGCAGAGCAAGCUGGAGCAGCUGGGCUCUAGCGAACCCCCAGCUGUGUCACUCCUGCAGGAUGACCGUCACUCUACCUCCUCUGUGGAGCAGGAGCGAGAGGGGGGAAGGACACCUACGUUGGAGAUCCUUAAGAGCCACUUCUCUGGAAUCUUCCGCCCCAAGUUCUCUCUCCCCCCACCACUGCAGCUCGUUCCUGAGGUGCAGAAGCCUUUGCAUGAGCAGCUGUGGUACCAUGGGGCCAUCCCACGGGCGGAGGUGGCUGAGUUGCUGACACACUCCGGGGACUUUCUGGUGCGGGAGAGCCAGGGCAAGCAGGAGUACGUGCUGUCAGUGCUGUGGGAUGGUCAGCCCCGGCACUUCAUCAUCCAAUACUUGGAUAACCUAUACCGGCUGGAAGGGGAUGGCUUUCCCAGCAUCCCCUUGCUCAUCAACCACCUGCUGUGCUCCCAGCAGCCCCUUACUAAGAAGAGUGGUGUUAUUCUGUACAGGGCAGUGCCCAAGGACAAGUGGGUGCUAAACCAUGAGGACCUGGUGUUGGGUGAGCAGAUUGGACGGGGGAACUUUGGUGAAGUGUUCAGUGGGCGCCUACGAGCGGACAAUACCCCCGUAGCUGUGAAGUCUUGUCGAGAGACGCUACCACCUGACCUCAAGGCCAAGUUUCUGCAAGAAGCAAGGAUCCUGAAGCAGUACAGUCACCCCAACAUUGUGCGUCUCAUCGGUGUCUGCACACAGAAACAACCCAUCUACAUCGUCAUGGAGCUGGUACAAGGGGGCGACUUCCUGACCUUCCUUCGGACAGAGGGAGCCCGACUUCGGGUGAAGACUCUGCUGCAGAUGGUGGGUGACGCUGCCUCAGGCAUGGAGUACUUGGAGAGCAAAUGUUGUAUCCAUCGGGACCUGGCUGCUAGGAACUGUCUGGUGACGGAGAAGAAUGUCCUGAAGAUCAGUGACUUUGGGAUGUCCCGAGAAGAAGCUGAUGGGGUUUAUGCAGCCUCAGGGGGCCUGAGACAAGUGCCUGUGAAGUGGACUGCCCCUGAGGCCCUUAACUAUGGUCGCUAUUCUUCAGAGAGUGAUGUAUGGAGCUUCGGCAUCUUACUCUGGGAGACCUUCAGCUUGGGGGCCUCGCCCUAUCCCAGCCUCAGCAAUCAGCAGACACGGGAGUUUGUGGAAAAGGGGGGGCGUUUGCCCUGCCCAGACCUGUGCCCUGAUGCUGUGUUCAGGCUCAUGGAGCAGUGCUGGGCCUAUGAGCCUGGACAGCGGCCCAGCUUCAGCACCAUCUGCCAGGAGCUACAGAGCAUCCGAAAGCGGCAUCGGUAAGGCCGAGAGUCUCCUGCUGAAGCCAGUGGCCUGUCCAGACCAGAGUGUACCUCUUCAGCGGCUCCCACUCACCCCUGGACAGCUCCAACACACGGGUUCCAGCUACUAUCUGUGGGACUGCUGCCAGGGAACAGGCCCAAAUAGGCCCUGUGGCCCCAUUUUUGCUGGAAUUCUUCUCCUAGGCAGAAAUAAUAAAACCACUUGUACCCA